GAAACAGAUACUAUUAUCGGAUUCAUACAUAAAUGCCAAAGAAAAUUUCCGAGAGGCCGAUGAUUUUUUUAAGCAUUUGGAUAGCAAAAUACUGGAGUUGCCGACAUCAGGCAUGUACAUGAACUCAUUAGAUGCUGACUUGCUGUUGCUUAAAGCUAUGUCGGCGGCCACACUGCAAGGCGUCCAGGACUGUAUCUACCUUUUACAAGUAGCAACU